AUCAGUCUAGUGACAAGGUCCACACUGAAGAAGACUGGAGUGAUGUCGAAACACUGGAUGCAUAUGCCAAAAGUAAGACACUGGCAGAAAAGGCAGCAUGGGACUUUAUCAAAGAACUCCCAGAUGAAGAUAAAAUAGAACUGGCUGUCAUAAAUCCUGCAUAUGUCAUGGGUCCUGUGUUGCAUGGCUCUCAGUGUACUAGCAUGGAGGUAUUGAAGCGACUGUUGGAGAGGUCCUUGCCAGCUGUACCAAAGUUAAACUUUGCCCUGGUAGAUGUUCGAGAUGUGGCUGGCCACAUCAAGGCCAUGACCUUGCCAGAGGCUGCAGGAAACAGGCAUCUGAUUGUGAACACCAACAUGUGGAUGAAGGAGAUGGCACAGAUUUUGGCCAAAGAAUUCAAGCCUCAAGGCUAUGGAGUACCGACAGUGAACUGUCCCUACUUUGCGCUUUACUUAUCUUCAGUCUUUGAUAAGACCAUCAAAAUGAUCCUUCCUCAGAUCAACAAGGUCCACAAGUUUGACAACAAGCGAAUGAAGGAAGUUCUGGGCAUUGAGCCCCGUGAUGCUAAGGAGACCCUCAUUGACAUGGCCUACAGCCUUAUAGAAAGUGGCUUUAUCAAGCGCACGAAGAAAUAUCGUGGCCCAGGUGGCAUAGAGGAACCCAAAGCAGAAGAAGGCAAAAAAGAGGAAAAAGAAGUGAAGAAGGAAGAAGGCGGUGAAGAGGUGAAAGAGAAUGGUGAUGUUAAAGAAGAUGAGGAUGAUGACCUGAAAAAGGAGAGUCAAAAAGAGGAUGGGAAAAAAGACACAGAUGGACAAACAGAGGAAAAGAAAGAGGAGAAAGCUGAUGAGCCAGCGUCGGAGGAGAAAAAAGAAGAAACAGCUGAUGCCAAGACGGAGAACUAAAGCCUCAUGGGAAAUGCUGCAGCACUCAUAAAUGGAUGAGGACAAGGACAUGGCUAAUUUUCCCCUCAUUCUCUUUUUUGUUUUUUUUUUCCUUAAACCCCAGUGGUAUGUAUGUGUGUGUUACUGUCAGGGGAACAUAUUCCCUUGUUGACCAAGGCCAUUAGGGGUAGGGAAGCUGAAGUCUGUGACUGUCGUAAGUUUACUGCCUGGUGGAAAUAAAAACUUAUGUCUGCUUUUUCUCCCACUUCCCUUUUCUGUUUUCAAACCUAUUUGAAGACCAUGAUGAAUCAACAGCCCAGUGUGAUCAGAAUCUUUGAAAGAUGCAAACAGUAUUGAACUUAAAAUUCCAUGAGCUUUCGUGGAUUAAUAUCUUAAGUAAGCCAUGCUUUUGUAUUAGUGACAGGAAUAGUCAAGAAACAUGUUGGUUGGAAGUGAAAUUGGAAGUUGCACCAAUGCUUAAAGCAACAUGCAUGUUGUUUCAUGUAUGCAUAGUGUAUAAUUGUGUCUUCUGAAUCAGAAUGAACACUUUUUUGCCCCACUUUUCAAUAUUGCUAUUCUGCAAUGUUCUUUUUUCUGAGUUAAGGAGAUCUGAAUGCUGCUCUUUUGGAAAUUGGUUUUCUCAUAUUUAGCACUUGCUUGUGCAACCACUGGCUUUCAAGAACAAAGAAGUUUGCAGCACUUUUUAUUGCUGUAAGAUAUUUUUGUGCAAAUGUUUAGUGGAUUAGGUUAGUGUAUGGUUUAUACUAGAUAAGAGCUUAGACUGGAGAAGGUUGUGGCAGUCUAAUCUGGCUGACACCAGUGCUGGUCGGAAGACGACCACAUUUUCAACAGUGAUGUGAGCCUUCAUUGUUACGGUACUUCAGUCCUUUUUAAAUUCCAGAGGUUUAAAGAAUACAGGAUCAUUGAUUCCUUCCUUCACUGCUGUCAACUGACAAAUGGUUAUGCUGGCUCAUCAGUAAUGGUUAUUAAAAGGACAACUGGAUAAUACACAGCAGGCUUUUCACUUAGGCUUGUCUUGAGUAACGGUAAAUAUUGUUUAGAAAGUGGGCAACACAUGGGCUUUUAUCUGGGAUCUUAGACUGAUAUUUUUACUUUAUUGUUAUACAUUGAUGAAGUGACUUUCCAUGAUGAAAAUAUGGUAUGUUCAUAUUUUAGUGGAGUUAUAGAAUAUUUACUGUAUACAACACGCUGUUUUUUUUUUUAAAUUGGUUCUUAUGAUGGCAUUGUCAUUAGUGUAGUAAUCAAUGCUUUUAAUGACAGUUUGGACUUCAGUACCUUACCUUGAUUUGAACCACCACAGACACUUUCAAGGUUUCGAAAAUGUGACAUUGUAUUUUUAUAUUUAAAUUGAGGGAUGUUAAGAAAUGAGGAAAAUAUGCAUGUGAAAAUUAUUCCUAAAGAAUUAAAGGAUGAGGCUUAUAUCUGGGCAGUAAUUUAUUUGCAGACAGAACACAGGAACUUAUUUAAUAGGCGAGAGUGAGAUAUGGAGUUAAAAAAUAGUGUAGAUGAAAGACCACAAAUAUUGUGUUUCUUUUCAUCAUAACAACCUCCUGUGUUGCAAUAUUUAAUAUUACCUAGUCAUUUUUAUUUUUGACUCAUAUGAGUAUGCUUUAUACCAACUUUACAUUCUUCAACUGUCAGAACUGUUUUACUAAGGUUUUUUUUAAAUAAACAUUUUGUAAAUAAUGUAUUUCAUCCCAAUUAUAGAAAAUGAGAUUAGGGUAGUUUGUUGGGAGUGCAAUCUGUUGUUUUUCACAGAAAGGGACCAAAAAUUGGUGAUGCAAUCAAGCUUUACCCUUUUUAUUUGUUGUUGACCACAAUAUGUUGGUCAGACAAGAUGGAUGGAGUGCUUAUAUUGCUUAGUAGUCACCUAAAUAGUUUUCAAAGCUGGUUCAUCUGUAAAGGAUUUUUCCUUGGGAAAAUAUUUCUGGAACCUUGUGAUAGCUGUUCUCACAUGUCCAUCUAAUAUACAAGGAAGAUGAGGUUGAGAUGAGAGUACAUUUUAAAAUCCAUGUGUUGAAGUAAAAAGCCACAGGUGAAUUUUUAAAUUAUGCACUUAGGAAUAUAGUUCAUAGGGCUUAUCAGUGGUAAAUAAAUUGGUAGGCUAAGGGACAUUUCAAGUAAAUUCCUUUAAAACAUUUUUUUACAAUUUUCCAAUGUAAUUGAAGACCUACUGAAACUGGACAUGGAAAGAUCCAUUCUUAACACAACUAGCACUAAGAUUUUAUGUGGGGUUAUAGCACGGACAGUUUGUAUGAAUUUUAUGUAAUUGUUGAUGUACAUUGAUGUAUACACAUCAUAAGACACAAACUUUUUUUCCAAAUCCAAUUAAUUUGAACCCUUUUUAUUCAUUUUUACCUGGGAUUGCUGGAGAACUUGUAAAUACAUGUUGUCAUUUUGAAAAGUGCUAGUCUAUUGUUUUGUUGCUUUGUAAGGGCAUAUGUCUGUUGUAGGAGUCAGCAAGUACAACAAACAAUGUGAGACUGGAUGACAACUUUGUACAUACUUGUGCAUAAGCAUCUUUUGCCCCCUUCCCCAAUUUUUAAGACUCUGCUUUUUAUAAAUUUCGGGCAGCAGUCUUCCCUCUUUGUCAUCAUUUUUUGUUUAUGAAAAAGUUUCAUUGCAAUGGAAAUAUGCUUGUAAUAAAAUCAUGAGGUAAGGGGUAACAUUAACCAGGGUAGAUGUUUUCUGGGCAACUGUCAUCUUGUUAUGCCAAACUAGAGUGUUAAAGCACAUUUUCUAAGAGUUUUCUGUCUUAAUCUUAAUUUAAAACGUUCAGAUGUGGCAGAUGGUGCUGUAUAAGUAAAAAAUAUUGCUAAAGAAUAACAUUCGUUCCAUGAAGUCUCUUUCAAAUCAAUUUUAAGCAUCUUCCAAGAAGGGCUGUAAAAUUUAGUUUUGCGUGGAAAAUUCAGUACACACACAAAAAGAGAGGUCUACAAGAAAAUAGAACAUAUUGCUUUACAGUGUACUGUUGCUUUACUGCUGAUUAUAUUUCUGCUGUACGUUAAAGCCAUUUUUUGUUAUGCUUCUGAAUGUUCUCAGUGGCCUUGUAUGCCAUGCAGGGUUAUCAUAAAAAGUGUUUUUAGACAGUGGUAAAUCAAAAUUCUUUGUGAUUGUUCUUACUGUGCAGAAUCGUAAACAUUUGUCCUUUUCGUUUUCUUUACUGUUUUUUCAUAUUCUUCAGACCAUUUCAUAGACGUUGAAGCCCAAGCCCACACCAAGAAAAAAACCCAGAAAUCCAACAAAACAAAAUAUAACAGAACAUUAAUUGUAUUAAAUGCAUGAAGAUAUUGUGCACAGCAGCGAUUUCCAGAAAGUGGAAUGCUCUCAUGAAACCUUAUACUUUGUACUGGUUGCCUGCUAAGUUCUUGAAGAUCUGAUAAUUAAGUUGAUGAGCUAAGCAUUCCUUUGGUUGCUUGCGGAAUGUAACUAAGAAAGUCUGUGUAUAUCUUGAAGCAAACGUAAAGUUUAAAUAUUAACACAAGUAUUUUUCUACAAUCCUAAGUUAGAACAUGAUUUAAACAACAAACGCAAUGGUAACAUAGCAACAAGUUGAGGAAACAAUCUGAUACAGGCGUAGUUGUGUGACCAUAUAGUUGGUGGCUUGGUACUGGCAAUUUCUGCAUAAUUUAUACACAAUAAAUGCAUUGCUCAAACAUUUUCUGACUUUCAGAAAGCAUGGCUGGCAUUAUUAUACUCUGCACAAAUGAAUCUGCACAUUUGGUGCCGCAUUUCAAAAUUCCAGAUCUUCAACAAGAUCUCUUACCACGCUGCUUGCUUUUGAAAGCUGUGAUUUGGCACGUUUUUAUUAUGCUUUUUAACAGUUUCAUUUAUUUUUCUGUAACCAGUUUGAAUGGUAUCUUACUGUAAUGCAGUUUUUAAGUAACUUUACUUUCAUCUGUCUUUUUUCUUUUUUAUCAAAGUAGUUUAGCUGCCUGAAGUGAACAAAGAAAGGAGCAUUAUUAAUGCCGGGACUGAUUUUAUGUAAAUGGCAUGUUUGGUAUCGCAUGACAGGGCUAAAUAUUUGUGCAGAUUUGGUUUUGUCUUCUGUGUGUUCAGAGAAUCAAAGUAUGUCUUUACUGCCUCAGUGCUUGUAUUUGUCUCUUAUCAAUAUUCUUUGUUGGUGCUCUUUUCUUUUUCCAACUUGUGCAUGAAUUUUAUGUGCAGGAUGACAAUUUAUUGCUUUGAAAGUGUUGUGACUUUUGUUGGAAGACUUCAAAAAUGAUUGCCCAUCAAAAACCUGCGUUUGCAUUUUAUAUUCAGUAUUAUCUCUCAUAUAUUUUUUUAUUCUGUCAUUCUUCUUUCUUGCUUUCUGAUGAAGAGAAAAAUAAGGGUUGGAAAAAACUGCAAAAGAGAUGAUGUGAUGAUAAGCCUUUUUAGUCGUCAGAUCAGGAAACAAAAGAUAUAGAAAACACUUGGGGGAAAUAAAAAUGUUUAGUGUGAAGGAUAAAUUGUAAAGAGUGCUGAGGAAGACUGUCAUGGAAAAUCAGGUCAAUUUCAGUCUUCAGAAGUGCAGAAACAUUGUAUUUCUUUCCAAUGCGCCUUUUUUAUGAAACAUGACUUAGCUAAAUAUCCAAUUCCUCAAAUCAUGAGUGAUAUUAACAGAAGUCCAUGUGGAUAAUCCAUCAUGAAUUUUCCCAUCUCUGUUACAGAAUGUCUGUUUUGGUUCUUUCUGUAAGUUUUGGUUGGGAUGUUCACUAUCAGUGGGUCACAUCUGUAUGUGUAUUUGCCUUUACUGCAUGUUGGCAUACUGAUAACCAUCCAUUCAGCCUGGAAGCCAUAUUUUGUAAUACUGUACUUUUACAGUUUGAAUCUAUGUACAACAAUGCCAUUGCAUGUUCUUUGAAGACUUAUUUUUUAUUUUGUAUUUUUUCAAUUUGAACUGGAAGAAACAAAAAUAUCUUGUGCUGUUUUUGGUCCAUUUUCUGUGAGAUAUCUGUUUUUUAGAGCUGCUUUAAAAUGUAUCAUUCCACUAGCAUAUUUUUGAUUGUUACAGAUGUGUGAUCUGAAGACAAUGUUGCACAUUUCUGACCAUGUGAUGAUGUUUGAAGAAAAAUGUCUUUGUUGUUUCAGACUUGAAACAGUGCUUGCCAUGUGACUUGUUCAUAACCUUUCCAUCAGCACUGCAGCAAGGCUUAAUGCUUCGUCACCAUCUACUCACAUAAAUGAGAUGUCAUACCCCAGAAUAAUCCUGCCUGUACAUUUCUUUUCCUGUCCCUUCUCUAUUCCCUAUCCUUGUCCCAUCCCAUAAACUGCAAACUAGCAGUACAAGUUUUUGUUGGUCAUCAGUGUAUGUACGAGGCCUCUAAUGGUAUCCAUCAUUAUUCAGUAGUGAUGCUUGCCCAUAUGACCCACAUCAGUGACAAACAUCAUUCAGGCCUCCAAGGAUAAACUAAUGAUUUAUAAUGUUAAAUUUUUGUCUUUGAUAUCGGCUUAUUUUAAAAUGUGAUGUGCUGUCACUUCUUCCACUUAUCAUAUUUUAAUAAUUGUGCUGAAAUUGUUGCUGCGUCAUCUUGAGUUUGCAUACAAAGUAAAAUGUCUGCCAGCAGUUGUGUAAAGCAGUCUACAAUAUUGUGUCUGUACAGUUAACUCGUGAAACCGAAUUUGCCAAGUUUCUUUUGGCAGCAUGUAAUUACCAUGCUGAGCUGUCCAUUCUGAUGUCUUCUUGCCUGCAGAUAUUUUUCGCCUUGUGAGUGGAAGAGCAUACCAACACCUCAAAUAUUUUCUUGGUAUAAUUGAUAGUGCUCAAUCAAAGCUAGCCACAGGUGUUUGUCUUGAGUGUUUGCCUGGGCUAUCAGAAGCCACAGUGAUGAAGGAGUGGCAGUGGAAGUUGGCAAAGUCAUUCAUGUUGGACGAGGGUGCUUGUUAGAUUUUUCUUGAGGGCUGAUGGGGGAAAAGGGAGUGGAGAGUUUUAUAACUUCAUUUAUUUUUACCGACAUAGAGCAGCUGCAGGUACUUCUGCUUGCAUUUUCGCUGGUUUUCUAAACCAGCAGUGAGAAGGUCACACACCAAUUUGGCACAAGCUAGCACCUCGAUACUUUUUGGCUUCUUCCAGCCUUCAGUCCAUGACAUUUGUGCUGAAACCGCAUAUUAAGGCUGUGAGGAAGUGCCAGUAAGGAUUGAAACAAACCUGUCCAGUCAGUAAAAUUUAACUCUGCAUUUACCCACUUGUUCGUUCCACUUCAUUCACUGUCCAAGCCACACUUCUUUCCAACAUAAAUGCCAGUGAGGAAGGCAAGAAUUCAUUCUACUCUCGAAAAACAUCAAUAGUCUGAGAUAAUGUGACCUAGACAGUGAUUUUGUUUUGUUUUUUUAACGAAGGUCUUGAUAGGUUUGGAACAAAAUUUUCUUGUAGUGCACCCCUUCUCAUGAAGUGAGUGACUUUCAUCUCACUGCCAUGCUGCCUUGAGAUUGAUCUGUGUACAUGCUAACGUCAACUUGCCAAGUUUGUCUGUGGGGUUCAGUAAAUGUGGACAAGUUUUAAUGUUUACCUGCUUUCCAACCACCGUGUACUGCUUAACCCCAUGUAAGCCAGUCAUUAUACCAACAAUUUUUUAUUAUGAUUAUGUACUGUCUGCUCAAUACAUUGUGCAUUACGUGAAAUAAACUUUUGUUUAGAAAAA